AUGGCCCCAUUCACAUUUACAUUGUAUGCCCCUUACAAUAAAGCUGCUGCAUUAAAAGUCAAAAAUACCAAUGUUCGUAUGUUUGGUGCUGACAUAAUGAUGGAAAAAGAUGAGUCCGAUGGUUAUUUUCGAGCCACAGUAGAUCUUGCCGAUGGUAUUUAUCAUUAUCAAUUUAAAAUUGUGACAAAAUCAUGGUUUGAAGCGGAACCCGAACCAGCACUACCGGAUUAUGAAAAUGAUGAACAAUACAAUGAAAUGACCAGUGCGGAAAAAUUAGAAAAAACCGAAGAACAUUCAAAAUUACUUGCCGAAAUUCGUGAAAGAAAUCGACAACGUGAAGAAGAAGCAACCUUCACUGAAAUCUGGUAUACAUUCGUUGAUCCGUAUGCGACCGAUGUUGAUGAACGUGGUACAGAUGAUGCUCAUAAAGCUGUAGGUAUUCUAACAAUUAAAAAUGGCAAACGAAUAAUUGAUGAAUAUGAAUGGAAAUAUGAUGAUUGCAUGUUGCCGCCCGAUGAAGAACUUGUUAUUUAUGAAUUACAUGUUGGUUAUGGAGGUGAAAAAGAUACAUACACACGCGGUCAGUUUAAACAUGUGAUAGAAAAAAUAGAAUAUUUGAAAAAAUUGGGUGUAAAUGCAAUUGAAUUGAUGCCAAUCAAAGAGUAUCCAGGUAAUCACUCAUGGGGCUACAAUCCUCGAUAUUAUUUCGCCAUUGAAACGAGCUAUGGGACAACCGCUGAUAUGAAAGAAAUGGUCGAUGAAUUUCAUAAGAAUGGUAUGCGUGUUAUUUGUGAUGGGGUUUAUAACCAUAGUGAUUGUUCUUCACCACUCACACAAAUUGAUCAUGAUUAUUGGUAUCAUCAUAAUCCUAAAGAUGUUUCCAUGUCUUGGGGUCCAGAAUGGAAUUAUAAUCAUUUCGAUCAAAAAUACAACGUAUGGCCAGCACGAAAAUUUAUCGGUGAUAGUAUACGUUAUAUGGUUGAAGAAUUUCACAUUGACGGCAUUCGAUUUGAUGCAGCUCGUCAAAUUCAAAAUUUUGACUUUUUACAUUGGGUAACAAAAGAAGCGAAGAAAGCUGCUGGCAGCAAACCUUUUUACACUGUAGCCGAAUUUUUACCAGACGAACCAUGUAUAACCAAUAUCGAUGGUCCCAUGGACGGGUGUUGGCAUGAUUCGUUUUAUUGGGCACUACGUGAUUGUAUUUUACAGGAUAAUGUUGAUUUAGAACGUUUGAAAAGCGUUAUCGAUUGUCGACGUCAAGGCUUUUUUGGUGUGUCGAAUGUGGUGAAUUACAUUGGAAAUCAUGAUCAUGAUCGUUUAUUCGUCGAACUAGGGAAAGAACGUAAUAUAUUUGGCGAUGAAGCAUUUCGUCGUAUACGUUUGGGUGUUGUUAUCCAGAUGACUGCCAUAGGUAUUCCAAUGAUAUGGAUGGGAGAAGAAAUCGGUGAAUAUAAAGAAAAAUCGCCAGGUGUAUCGAAAAUCGAUUGGUCAUUAAUUGAUGAGCGUCCGGAUAAUUCAAAUGCACAAAAUAAAGCAUUAGUCGCAUUUUAUUGUGGUUUAAUUCAUUUAAGAAAAGGAAAUAAAGCAUUUUUUUCAACAAAUCUUGAAUAUAUCCAUGAAGAUGGGAAUACAAAAGUAUUAGCAUUUCAACGUUGGUCUGAUACCGGAGACAGAGUCGUUGUUAUCAUUAAUUUUUCAGCAAAUUUUCUAGCCGGCUAUAAAGUACCAGGUCUUCCAUGUAAUGGACGUUGGCAUGAAUGGACGUUUAACUAUGAUAUUACUAAUGCAAAUAAUGAAGUGAUACUUGAUUUAGCCGAACAUGAAGCAAAAAUCUUAGUGUGGAGAGGAGACGACAAACCACAAGAACAGCCUCAGCAAGUAGAAAAACCAGCUCCAAAUUUGACUCAAACUCAGAAUGAAGAAAAAACACCAGAGCAGAAAGAGCAGCAACCACCAAUUCAACAGCAGUAA